ACUUACGCCAAUAAGCUUGACCUGUUUACUACUUUCAUCUCUACUCACACCACGGUAUUUAUGGAUUUUUCGUGUAUGGCAUAAACGCCGCGGGAACGCGCGUAAUUGUAACUUUUUAAAACCCAUCUCCAAAACGAGGUUCGAGAGUUCCUGUCUGAAGAAUGGCGGAAGGUUUGGACAGUUCGGAAAUUGAGAAAUCUAUUCAGAAAAGGCCACAGUUUGGUAAUCGAACUCUCACUGAAAAUGCCCAAGUUUUCCAACACAACGCAUGGGAUAACGUGACAUGGGAUGAAGAACAGGAACAAAAGGCUCGUGAGAAGGUCGCCGAAAAUUCUACAGUUCUCACAAGUCCUGAACAGAUUGCGAAAUUGGAAAAAGAUGCAGAUAUUUACUGGGAUAAGUUUUAUAAGAUUCAUCAGAACAGAUUUUUCAAGGAUAGACACUGGCUGUUCACCGAAUUUCCCGAACUCGCGCCCAGCACUGUGACAAAGGACUCCCUUCGACCUGUGCGAGUGUUUCCGCAAUCUGCAGGACCUGAAAAAAAAGAUGAAUGUUCUCAAACGUCACAAUUGUCAGAUUUGUCAAGUUCACGGAUAUUAGAAAUUGGUUGCGGUGUUGGAAACACAGUGUUUCCUAUUCUCCUUUACAACACAGAUCCAAGUUUGUUUGUUUACUGUUGCGAUUUUUCUUCAACAGCAAUAAACAUCUUAAAAGAAAAUUCUGCAUAUGACCAGUCAAGAUGCCAGGCAUUUGUUCUUGAUGCAACACAGGAAAAUUGGGCUCCCCCAUUUGAUGAACAAAGCCUAGACAUCAUUGUCUUGAUAUUCGUGUUAUCUGCCAUUCAUCCGGAUAAAAUGGGUAAUGUGCUUAAACAGAUUCACCGAUACUUGAAACCCGGUGGCUUAGUCCUAUUCAGAGAUUAUGGAAGGUAUGAUUUGGCUCAGCUGAGGUUCAAAAAAGGGAGAUGUUUGUCUGAUAAUUUUUAUGCUCGAGGGGACGGUACAAGAGUUUAUUUCUUCACCCAAGAUGAAAUUAGGAAUAUGUUUGUCAGCCAUGGGUUUGUACAGGAGCAGAAUAUAAUAGAUAGGAGAUUACAAGUGAAUCGUGGUAAAUUACUCACUAUGUAUAGGGUAUGGAUACAAGCUAAGUAUCGAAAGCCAUUUUGACGAUAGGAACCGUUGUAAGAGAAAAGUCAAAAAAGAAUUAGGACGCUUUCGAUACUUUAUAAUUUUGGAACAGUUUUAAUACCGAAGUACUUUGUGAGGUAAGAAGUGCGUAAUAUGAUCACAUUACGUUUAAAACUUUUGUAAAAUGAUUUUAUUUAAAUAAUUGACAAGUACAAAUCAAUCACAAGACUAGACAGCUACCAAUGUCUUACCAAUGAAGAUUCACCUUAAUACAUUACUGGACAUUAUUCUCAAUACAGCUUAAGCACAGUUAAUUAAUUAUAACUCCUGGUAAUACUUGUUAACUGACAAUGAUUUAUAUAAAUGUGUGUUUCACGAUUUUUGUACUAAAAUUUUCAAUUUAUAUAUAUAUAUAUGUAUGUAUGCAUGUAUGUACGUAUGUAUGUAUAUUAUACAUACAUACAUACGCAUACACAUAUACACGUAUAUGUAUUGUACUUAUCAAUACUGGUUCGUAUUAUUUAUUAUGCACACUCACGUUAUUGUUCAAUUAAGAUUUUGACAAUGAAAUUAAAAUGAUUUGCCAAUGAUUUGCCUAGAUUUUUUGCACUACUUAAUAUAAUGAAUAUAGAAUGUAUAUCACUUAGAAAGAUGGACGAUAUGACCAUUAUAUAGAUACCAGACAUCUGGUAAUUAAUAUUUUGUUAAUACAAUUUCUAAUUAAAACAAAUUCAAUUUUGUCUUCUUUCCAUGUUAUUUCUAUUUACAUAUUAAAGUUACGGCAUAAAUUAAUCGUACGUGUGUAAUGCUUUGAAAUUAUUUAUAAUGAUACAAAAACUUACAAUCGCAAAUUUAACAUAUUGCGGAAAGCUCGGAUAUAAUAUUUUAAGGAACUAAAAAAAAAGUUGCCCAAUUUUUUUGUUUAUGUGAAUAUAAAUGUGUGAUUCACGUUUCUUACUGUGUUAAAUAGCCCAUUGCAAGGCACUGUUCUUAAGCCUCUAAAUUUAAUUUUUGUUACUUUAAUUUGUAUUGAAAGAAA